AUGCUUAAGACCUGUCCCGAGUCGCAACUGGAGUGCUUUGAAAUAGACUGUGGUUCGGAGCUCAUUGCUGAUAUCGUGGGGGUAGCAUGUCACGUCAUGGGCCAUCCAGAGGCUCUUGCUGCUUUGGAAUGGCAAGGGGACAAGAUCAUUGUGGCGAUCGAAGGCCGACAGUGGACUGCAGUAGCACGAGAGUUGGGCUCCUACUCACGUGUCAAGAUAGUGAAUACGUCUGAUGCACUUCGCGACCUGGCCACGCCUCCGCAUGCCGCCGCCUCCUGCGCUCCGUCCUCUCCCACAUCGGAGAGGUUCGAGCAGAGUGUGACGAUUGCUCUACCGAUCUCAUGCGUGGAAGCUCUGAGGCACUUGAUUGAAAUGGCAAGUGCCAAUGGUAUAACAGUGAUCGGUCUGCGUACUGCCGCUUUGAAGGGCGCUCCUGUGAGCGCACACCUGCCAUUCGUAGGGCGGCAACUGAUCGACGACCAUCCCAAGCUGCUGGUUUGCUUGCGAGGACCGAACUGUGGAGAAACUCUGCGUCGCAUUCUGGGUCCGGGUGAUCCUACUCUGGCCAAGCGGACUGAUCCCGACAGCGUCAAUGCGAAAUUUGGCUCUGCCAUAGUACUCCCGUCGAUCAGCACGUUAAGUCUCAAAACGAACCUUGAUUUCGCAUUCCCUCCUGAGCUCGCACGCUCUCUCCUACACUAUAGCAAACUGGCCGAUUAUUGCAUUGACAUAUCCCUUCCUGUGCUGAAACAGGAAAUUUUCGGGACUAUAGUUGGCGUACUCAUAAGACGACUGGGUAGUGUACACCGCAUUCGCUGUACCGAGAGAAGCAGAGUGCUCGUUGAAUGUACAUGUGAGCGGAAACCUGACCUAUCAGCACAAUGGCUGGUAGAGGCUGUGAAGACUGCAUCAUUUCAGCGUGAUCGUCAGCAAGGUUGGCCGACUCCAAGUAGAGAGGUUGACGUACUCGAUAGCGCCAAGUUUGUGGUGUACGAAGCCCAGGAGUCUACCGCCCAUACGUUCAGUUCAGCGGCUGUGAGGAAAACAGUGGAGAUUGAGAAUAUAGUCAUGGCGGUUUUCGGUGACAAUGCGGAAGAUGUGGCAACACCAGUCGAGGACCUGUGUACCUUUUUUGAUGCUCCAGCAAUCAUCGCACGAGAGAACGAAAUACCUCCGGCAGCCUCGACCAUUGAGCUCAUUGGAUUGGAGGUGCGCGCUACUGUAAAGCUCAGUACGGCUCAGAAGGAAGCUCUUGUGGAGUCGCUGUCCGUCUCCUACGGCGCUAACAAGCUCAAUGGCGACAGACGCUUUUCGAAGACUUUUGUGUGCGCAUGUGUCUUCCGAGGGAAGGUGGGUUGCCAUGAGACGAUCAAGGAGUUCAUUACGACGAGAUGGCGUAACCGAGCAUUGGUACGUGGAGAUGUAUUGUUCACCGGAGACGCAGACGGCGCGAACAAGAUCAUCACCACGAUCAUGCCAGGCUGCUCUCUACAGCCUCUGGCUUUUGCCACUACUAGUCCAGUUGGACUCGAACGAUAUAUCGGCCUACUCGAACACCUAUGGCUCGGUAUCAUCCCGCAUACUCUUUCUGUAACGAAAGUGAUUGAAGAGCUGGGGAGAAGUGGCUAUGGUAUCAAGGACGUUGUUGUACUCUCGGCGAAUGAGGCGCAUGAGGCAGUGGACAUCAUCAUCGGCCAAGACUGCCAGGAUGGUUUUGAUGUACACCGCGAGGAGACCGAUCGAAUCUGGAUCAACAUUGAGCGUAUAGCUGGAUCGGACAGCCCAUCCUCACUGUUCCUGUAUGAGAUUGCCACUCUACUAGGUGCGACUGCAUGGUGUUCCUCCUAG